UGAGGGAGCGUGACUCGCCAAGGAAAGGUCCUGUGAACCUGUUCUUUGCUAGAAAAAAAAAAGCGCUGACAUCCCAGGAAGACGUAAUGGGGAAAAGCUCGCAGAUUGACUUGGACUCGGCUCGCAAGAAAACAUCUAUUAAGAUGAACGGCUGACACCCCCGCAACGCAAAGAGAGCGAGGAAAAAAUAACCGGACGGAUCGGUUUCUCCCGCGAGAUGGUUCGCUCCCUGGGCAAUGGGGGCAGGGUACCCGCCGGCCGAAGUAAACAGAGCUACUACGCCUGCGCACACCAUUCCUGGGUCACGUGUGGCGCGGGCCUCCCAGAUUGCCCAGGAGAGCGGUCCUGCCGCUGUAAGGGAUCGGGUGCAAACAGGAGAGGCGUCAACCCUUCCCUGAGGGGCGGAUUCGGGCUCCUAAGGGAAGAAAUACAUACAGAUAUUACUUUCUCUGUAGGUAGUACUUUGUUCAAAGCACACAAAGCAGUCCUUUUAGCAAGGGUGCCUGACUUCUAUUUUCAUACUAUUGGACAGACAUCUGAUAAUUUAACAAAUCAUGAGUCUAUUGCUGUGGAGAACUUUGAAGCUUCAGAAUUUAGAACAUUUUUACAGAUUGUAUAUUCAUCAAACAGAAGCCUAAAAAACUAUGAAGAGGAAAUUCUUAGGAAAAAGAUAGUAGAGAGGGGAGUACCACAUAACAAACAUGACUUCAGCUUUGAAAAGUGCACUGACAAUGAUGGAAGAUCAUCUGUAGAGUUCUUAGAUAAAAAGUCAUCUCAUUGUUCUCUUCUGAAGCAUGAGGUUCCAGACGAUAUCAGUGAUGGAGAAGACAAUUUAAUUUCCACUGAUAAUUAUGACUUGGAUCCUGCAUCUGAAUUAGGAGAAGAUUUAUUGAAACUUUACGUGAAACAUUGUUGCCCAGAUAUUGAUAUUUAUGUUGAUGGAAAAAGUUUUAAAGCUCACAGAGCCAUUUUAAGUGCCAGAUCUAGUUAUUUUGCUGCAAUGCUGAGUGGCUGUUGGGUUGAAAGCUCCCAAGAGUACAUUAUUCUUCAAGGUAUAAACCAUGUGGAAAUGAAUGUUAUGAUGCAUUUUAUAUAUGGAGGAACUUUGGACUUUCCAGACAAAGCUAAUGUUGGUCAGAUACUCAAUAUGGCUGAUAUGUAUGGAUUGGAAGGAUUAAAAGAAGUAGCAAUCUAUAUUUUAAGAAGAGAUUACUGUAAUUUCUUUCAGAAGCCAAAUGAAAGUUAGGAGGGAAGUACAAACAUAUCCUGAAUAAAGAUUAAAGAUAGAAUGUAUCUGCAAUGAGGAGAUCUGUCUUAUCCCUCAGAUGGACAUAUAUACCACAUCUGUAAAACCAGCCCACUCUGGAGCUUCCAUUAAAAAUAAAAGAAAAUGGUAAGAGAUUUCUUGGAAGAGCCUGGAAUAUGCCUCAGAAACCAGUGAGAGUAUACUCAAAUGUGGGGAUUUCUAAAGGGAGAAGCCGGUACUAGCUUGGUUAUUAGGGACAAUAGCUGUUGCCAUAUAUAGAAGAUAGUAUAGGGCAUCCACUCCACAUUCCAGUUACACAUGGUAGGCAGGGAAGGAAGAGACCUUAGUGGUUCUGUGAAGAUCAGAAGAUGCUGGUACAGGGCUGAAUGAUGCUGUGUCCCACCUAGGGAAGCACUGUGCAUCAUGAACCACUAGAAGAAUCUUUAUCCACUGAGAGGCUAGGGUGAAAUUCAGUCUGUUCCUAAAAGAGUCAUCAGCAAAGGCCAUCAAGAUCUUAAUUAGAGCAAACUCAGUGACAUCAACCUACUACCAUGUUGUGUCUGGUUAGCUAUAUGGCCAUCUAUAGUUCUCUUCCACAAGAGUUAUACCCAGAAAAUGGAGGAGCAGGAGACCAGACCUUGCUCUCUAUUCCCUAUUCCAGAUCUCUCCAACUGUAAAUGUAGUUGGUGAUGGGGGAGAGAAAGAUGUAAGGUAAAAUACAAGAUUGGUAUUUAAACAGUACUCUACUGAAUUCCAAUAUCAAAAAUAACCAGACUAUACUGGAAUUUGCCCAUAAUGUCAUUAAGGGAUGGGAAAAAAAAGUUUGACACCACAUAGUUGCCAGCAGUACUUGGGGAAAAAGUUUUAUCUUAGUAUCUCCUCUGAGCUGAGACUCCUCCAUAAACCAAUUACAUAUAACAUUUUAAAAAUAAUCUCUUUUAUGGAUGGCCUUUGGACCAUUGCUGCUGGUUUUUAAUAUGUUAAUGAGUAUGUAUAGGUUAUUGUAGCUUCUUGCAUUUUACUUGCAAUAUUCACUUUAUUUUUAAAACACAAAAGGCAUAUUUGUUGACAUUAAAACAAGAAAAUGAAAUUUUAAAGAUUGUCAAUAUACUUUAUUGAAAACUUAUUUCACUUUAUUUUGCUUCUUUUAGUAUCAUGUAUUAUUGUGGUAAUAGAUAUUUGAGACAAUAUUUUAUCACUUGAUCUUUAAACUUUUUGCUUUACAUAUUUUCUUAAUCUAUAAAUAUUCAAACAUAAUUUUUAACUUCUAGAACUCAAUUAUGUAGUUUCUUGGCAGUGAAUUUAAAUAUAGUAAGCCUAUUAUUACACACUCCACAGUAAUACAGAUUUGGGUGUAAAGUAAUGGGUAGCCAGCUCUGGAACUACUAACAAGCUUUAGUUAUUUCAUGAACUUCACAGUUUUACCUUUUACACAAUUAAAAUUUUUGGACUUAAUCUGUAGAAUUAAAGUUAGCUUUACAUUAUGUAUUUUGUAUCACCUCUUUUUUUUCUAAGAUUUAUUUAUUUACUUUAGAGAGAGCACGCUCUGGUGUGUGAGUAGGGGGAGGGGCAUAGGGAGAGAAUCUUCAAGCAGACUCCCCGCUGAGUG